UCCCAGUGCCACCAUGCUGGCCUCAGGGCUGCUUCUUGUGGCUUUGCUGGCCUGCCUGACUGCAAUGGUCUUGAUGUCUGUCUGGCGGCAGAGGAAGCUCCAGGGGAAACUGCCUCCUGGACCCACCCCUUUGCCCUUCAUCGGGAACUAUCUGCAGCUGAACACCGAGCAGAUUUGCAACUCCCUCAUGAAGAUGCGCGAGCGCUACGGCCCUGUGUUCACCGUGCACCUGGGGCCCCGGCGGAUCGUGGUGCUGUGUGGAUAUGACGCUGUGAAGGAGGCCCUGCUAGACCAGGCUGAGGAAUUCAGUGGGCGAGGAGUGCAAGCUACCUUCACGUGGCUCUUCAAAGGCUAUGGCGUGGCGUUCAGCAACGGGGAGCGCGCCAAGCAGCUCAGGCGCUUCUCCAUCACCACGCUGCGGGACUUCGGCGUGGGCAAGCGCGGCAUCGAGGAGCGCAUCCAGGAGGAGGCGGGCUUCCUCAUCCAGGCCUUCAGGGGCACGCGCGGUGCCUUCAUAGAUCCCACGUUUUUCCUGAGUCGAACCGUCUCCAAUGUCAUCAGCUCCAUCGUCUUCGGGGACCGCUUUGACUACGAGGACAAAGAGUUCCUGUCACUGCUGCAGAUGAUGCUGGGAAGCUUCCAGUUCACAGCUACGUCUACCGGGCAGCUCUAUGAGAUGUUCAACUCAGUGAUGAAACACCUGCCAGGGCCACAGCAACAGGCAUUUAAGGAGCUGCGAGGCCUCGAGGACUUCGUAGCCAAGAAGGUGGCACAGAACCAACGCACGCUGGAUCCCAACUCCCCGAGGGACUUCAUCGACUCCUUCCUCAUCCGCAUGCAGGAGGCAGCUUGGCUUCCAUCCCUGGUCCAGGACGUUCUGCAUACUGUGCCGGUGGAGGGUAAGAAAGAGAGAGGAAAAGAAAAAGAAAAGAAGAAAGAAAAGGAGAAGAAGAAUCCCAACACUGAGUUCCACUUGAAGAACCUGCUGCAGACCACACUGAACCUCUUCAUUGCGGGCACCGAGACCAUCAGCACGACCCUGAGAUGGGGCUUCCUGCUGCUCAUGAAGCAUCCAGAUGUGGAGGCCAAAAUCCAUGAGGAGGUUGACCGCGUGAUUGGCAAGAACCGGCAGCCCAAGUUCGAGGACCGAGUCAAGAUGCCCUACACAGAGGCCGUGAUACAUGAGAUCCAGAGAUAUGGAGAUGUGAUUCCCAUGAGCCUGGCCCGCAGAGUCACCAAGGAUACCAAGUUUCGAGACUUCUUCCUGCCCAAGGGCACCGAAGUGUUCCCUAUGCUGGGCUCUGUGCUGAGAGACCCCAAGUUCUUCUCCAACCCCCGAGAUUUCAACCCCCAGCACUUCCUGGAUGAGCAGGGGCAGUUUAAGAAGAGUGAUGCUUUUGUGCCCUUCUCCAUCGGAAAGCGGUACUGUUUCGGAGAAGGCCUGGCUAGAAUGGAGCUCUUUCUCUUCCUCACCACCAUCCUGCAGAACUUCCACCUCAAGUCCACACAGUCACCCCAGGACAUCGACGUGUCCCCCAAACACGUGGGCUUUGCCACCAUCCCACCAAACUACACUCUGAGCUUCCUGCCCCGCUGA